AUGGCUGCCAGCACGAGUAGCACUGCUGCGGGGGCCCCUAGAGGGGGCCCCCCUGGAGUAUCAAGUGGUGCCCCUGCGGCAGCACCGGUAGGGGCCCCAGCAUCUGGAGGGGCAUCAGGCGUGUCUUCAGGAGGGGCCCCUGGUAUUGUUAUGGCGGACACUGUGCCUAACCCAACGUUAUACAUGAGCAACCUGAACGACCGCAUCCCUUUAAAGGAGCUGCGUGCGUGUUUGUAUGAACUCUGCUGCGCCUUUGGGUUGGUGCUGGAUGUUAACGCGGGCGGGAAGACACGGGGCCAGGCCUUUGUGGUGUUUGGGGAGCUGAGCUCAGCUACUGCGGCGCUGAAGGGUCUGCAGGGAAAGGAGUUCCUAGGGAAGCCUCUCCGCGUGCAAUAUGCAAAAAAUAAAAGUGAUGCAUACCUCAAGUUCAUCGAUCAGUAUAAACCGCGCAAGCCAAAUGCCCCUAGAACGCCAGUUGCCGCUGCAGCGCCGAAGGUAAGAAAAUAG